GACACUGGAAUGGCGAUUUUUCACAUUUGAAUAUUAUCCGAUAACAUAUAAAGAAAGAAUCAAGAAUGCAUCGCAUGAUGCAGUCAAACUGAACUGUGCAGCACCGUAUUGGUUUAUAUAUAUCCAGUUAAUUGGACAUUUUUCUGCUGAAUUAUUGAUCACUCCUUGGUUAGGUUACAGAAAAAAACUCUCUUCCUGACUUCCUCUCAAUCACUCAAUUUUUUUAUAAUAUCAUGGCCGAAAUGUCAGGAGCAAAUGGAUUGGUGGAUGAGAAGCAUAUUCAAAAUUCUCCAAACUGGUUACCCUUUAUACAGAAGGUAAUUGCAGAGGGUUUUGGUACCUACUUCUUGAUUUUUGCCGGUUGUGCCGCAGUGGUGGUGAACGCCGAUAAGGAUGAGGUGAUAACCCAGCCGGGAAUCGCAAUAGUGUGGGGACUUGUCGUCAUGGCUAUGGUUUACUCAGUUGGCCAUAUUUCCGGUGCUCAUUUUAAUCCGGCUGUGACCAUUGCUUUUGCCACCUGCAAGAGGUUCCCACUUAGACAGGUACCGGCAUAUAUUGCGGCACAAGUGAUCGGAGCCACGCUAGCAAGCGGUACCCUGAGAUUACUGUUCAUGGGAAAACACGAUCACUUUGCCGGAACACUUCCGACCGGCUCCGACUUGCAGUCUUUUGUUAUGGAAUUUAUAAUCACGUUCUACCUAAUGUUUGUCAUAUCUGGAGUGGCUACAGACAACCGUGCUAUUGGAGAACUUUCGGGUUUAGCCAUUGGAGCAACUAUUUUACUUAACGUGAUGUUUGCAGGGCCAGUAUCUGGGGCUUCCAUGAACCCAGUAAGGAGUUUAGGCCCAGCAAUAGUGUCAAAUCGUUACGAGGGAAUAUGGAUAUACAUAGUAGGCCCGACUCUUGGGGCUAUAGCGGGUGCUUGGGCCUAUAAUAUCAUCAGAUUCACAGACAAACCUUUACGAGAAAUCACCCAGACUGCUUCUUUCCUCAAGAUCUUGGCCCGUAACAGGCCCAAUUGAUAACUUAGGUCCUAUUUUCUGGAUUAAUUAGUAUAGCUUGCUGUAUUAGGUAAGAGAAAAUUUCUUUCCCAUUUUCUGGCUAUGUGGCAUUGUUAUUUUACAAAUUCAGUUGUGUUCUGAAUGAAACCAUUCAUUCAUCUAAUAGGGG